ACAAAGAUGGCGGCGGCGGGGGAAGCGGCGUGAUGAGCAGGAGGAGGAGAAUACUACUGUGAAUCAAAUACUAUAGAUUUAAACUUGGAAUAGUUAAAAAAAAAAAAAAAAAAAAAAAAAAAAAAACUAAAGAAUCUCUUUAAAGAAAAUAAUAACACUAUUCCAGACAUAUCUCUAUAGACGUGUGGUUUUCUUUUUAUGUAAUAAGAAAAAAGAAACUCUCCGGCAGCAUGGCUUCACACAGUAACCAGUAUAUCUUUGGGGAGUUCAGCCCUGAUGAAUUCAAUCAGUUCUUUGUGACUCCCCGCUGUUAUGUUGAGCUUCCCCCAUUCAAUGACAAAGUCCAAUGUGUCAGUCAGUCCUCUGGAGAGGAUUAUCCGUGUAUCAAGUUUGGGGUGGACGAGGUUAUUGAUCUGGAGUCUGUUGGACAGAAAGAUUCCAUGUACAAAGUUUCCAGCACUCUUAACCCCCAGGCUCCCGAGUUCAUUCUGGGCAGCCAACCCUCACAGAAAGUCCUGGACAGCUUGCAGGCUGCCGACUCCAGUGGGUUCAACUCCAUUGACUGCCAGCACUCUGAGCCCUCUUCUCUGGACAGCAAUAGGGCUUGCCAGGACAUGGACAUGGACGGUGCUUCUGGCAGCCUGGGUCAGCGGGAGCGGAAAAAGAAGAAAAAGCGACCACCAGGAUAUUACAGUUAUUUGGAAGGGUCUAGCAGUAGCAACAGCAACAGCAGCAGCAGUGCUCGGGCCCACCCUGAAACACACCUGGUAGUUGGACUGGUCAAUGGACAUGCACUGAAUGCGACUGGCCUUGGCAGCUUGGGAUCAGAGGAGGUGGGGACAGCUGCAGAGACUGCUUCUGAAUUUCACAGGAGUAGCACUGGCAUCAGCACUACCACCCCCGCUAUUAUUACUACUACUUCACCCACAACAGUGUCGUCCGCCAUCAAUCGAAGGACUUGUGAAAGCCCUGAUGACACUAUUUUUGACUUCAUGAGUGGAGCCAUAUCAUUAUCGGACAGUAACAACACUGCCACCUCCUCUUCCUCCUCCCAGAGCAGUGGGGUGGCAGAGGGAGGCAGGACUGCUGAGCAGCGGCCUGAGCCUUGCACUCUGGGGAACACCGAACUGCUAUUUAGCGGAAGGGACAGUCCUAGUCCCACUCUUCCUUCCUCAGUGAGGACAUCGCUUCCGCAGGCAUCUUGCGUUGUUACUGCUUCAUCUGCUGCUAUUGUCAACGCUGGCAAUGACACAGCUCGUACUACUGAUGAGGAGGAGGAGGAGGAGGAGGAGGAGGAGGAGGAGGAGGAGAUCAUGGUCAGCACUGUUUCCAACGGGCAGGUGGUUGCUGAGACUUCUGGCUGUGGGGAAGCACAACAGGACUCAACUGAGCUACUACAGCGACAAUUGGAGGCCCCUGAAGGCUCCGAUACCGAUGCAAAGGUAGCAGAAGAUCUGGGUUUGUCUGCUGCUCCACAGGCACCAUCAGCGGGUGGUACUGCAGCCAACCCCCCUGCCAAAUCCUGGGCCAGCCUCUUUCACAAUUCUAAGCCCUCUCCGGGUGGGCCAGUGGCUUAUGUGGAAAUAAAAAGCAUGCCACCCUCCUCCACUGCCACUGCGAAUACCCCAGCCACAGAUCAGGCCCCUGAGCUCCCAGGAGAGGUUAAAGAGAGCCCCGUUCAUGUGUCUGAGGAUCCCAUGGCUCCUAAGCUUGCAGAGUUGAUUGAGAAUGUGAAGCUGAUACACAAGCCAGUAUCGUUGCAACCAAGAGGGCUGAUCAACAAGGGAAACUGGUGCUACAUCAAUGCUACUCUACAGGCUGUGAUUGCUUGCCCCCCAAUGUAUCACCUGAUGAAGUCCAUUCCGAUGUUCAGUGAAACCCAGAGGCCAUGCACUUCAACACCCAUGAUCGACAACUUUGUUCGACUUGUGAACGAGUUCAGUAAUAUGCCUGUACCUUCAAAGACAAAACAGCAAGCUGCCGGAGACAAAAUAAUAAAAGAUGUCCGACCUGGGAUUCCCUUUGAACCCACCUACAUCUACACACUGCUUACUGUCAUCAAGUCCAGUCUUUCGGAGAAGGGUCGCCAGGAGGAUGCAGAGGAGUUUCUGGGCUUCAUUCUAAAUGGACUACAUGAGGAGAUGUUGUCACUGAUAAGGCUAAUCUCUCCACGGGAGGAACAAGUUUCUAUACUAAAUGGUCCAGAUUUCCAGCCUGGAUCAGAAGAGAAGGCAGAGAACGAGGAAGGUAGCGAGGAUGAGUGGGAGCAAGUUGGACCCAAAAAUAAAACUUCUGUUACCCGACAGGCUGAUUUCAUUCGCACUCCUAUUACCAACAUCUUUGGAGGGCACAUCAGGUCUGUGGUUUACCAGCAGAGCUCAAAGGAGUCGGCGACACUGCAGCCCUUCUUCUCACUACAGUUGGACAUUCAGUCAGAGAAGAUCCGCACAGUGCAGGAGGCUCUGGAGACACUGGUGGCUCGCGAGUCUGUUCAGGGAUACACCACUAAAAGCAAGCAGGAGGUGGGAAUCAAGAACUCUCUCUUCCUUCUUGCUCCAGCAGGGAUUGAGAUCAGCCGGAGAGUUACUUUGGAAGAGCUUCCCCCUGUAUUGGUCCUGCAUCUUAAGCGGUUUGUUUAUGAGAAAACUGGAGGGUGCCAGAAAUUGAUCAAGAACAUAGAGUACCCUGUUGAUCUGGAAAUCAGCAAAGAUCUCCUCUCACCAGGAGUGCGAAGUAAGAUUUUCAAAGGGCAACGAUCCUACAGGCUCUUUGCAGUUGUUUAUCAUCAUGGGAACAGUGCUACCGGCGGCCAUUACACCACGGAUGUCUUCCAUAUCGGUCUUAAUGGCUGGCUGCGCAUUGAUGACCAGGCAGUGAAAGUGAUCAACCAGUACCAGGUGGUGAAGCAGACUGCCGAGCGCACAGCAUAUCUGCUGUACUACCGCCACGUCGACCUGCCGUAGAGCUCUUAAACGAAAACAAACUGCAACUAAACAAGAACACUGCCCAACUUCUCUUGCAAGACCCCCCCCCCCCCCCCCCCCCCCCUGCUUUUCCAGAGACAGCUUUUCCAACGCCUUUUAUCCUUUUAUCUUUUUGAAAAAAAUCAAGAAAACAAAACACUUGCCUGAAAUGGCUUUCUUUGUCCUUGCAGCACUGGGUUUUAGAAAAAAAAAUGGAAUGGGGAUUGAUGGAAUAAAAGGACACUCAUUCCAUCUUUUCAUCCCCCAGCCUUGAAUUCUGGGAACUUUUAAAUAAAAUUAAAAAUUAAAAAAAAAAAAAAACUUAACCAGGCAAGGCUCCAAAAAGUUGGACUGGUGCAAAGUAUAUAUUUUUUUCCUUUUAAUGAGGGCGCAGAGAAAUUGAACAUAGUCAUUCUGCAAGGGGAGUUGAAACAGUCGAAUUGAUUUGCAUUUUCCACCUCUUCAAUUUGCCUAGUGCAAAAGAACCCUGCACCAGCAAACAAACUUGUGUAGAUCUUAAUGUAUGAAUACACGAGUGCUUGUCUCCUGACUAGGAGUUCCUCUCCAUCUCUCCCCCUCCCCCUUUCUCCUGCCCCCCCCCCCUCUGCUUUUUAAUCUAGGUGACACUUGAGCCAUUGAAAGAAGAGAAAUGUUACCAUGUGCUUGAAAAAUUGAUAAUUUCUUUGUUUGAGAAGGCCUCUGGUUUAUGGGUAUAGAGUUAGAAUGAUGAAAAUCUAAAAUAAAUGAAAAUGCGCUUUAGGAUUUAAAAAGGCUACAUGCACGUAAAUAAAAUUAAGUAGACGUGCAGUGUAAUUUUUUUGCGAUUUUUAACAAAAAAAAUGAUACUUGAGGGAGAUGGGUGAUUGUCACUUUCACACUCCCUGGGGAGUUCUAAAGAAUGAUGCUUUCUGUGUACACAAGCUGGAGAAAAACCAAUGAAAAUUGAAAUAUUCCACAAUAAGCCUGCCUUUUGUUUUACUUUUUUGUCGGUACAUUUUUUUUCUCCUCGCAUAAUGUUUAAGGUUUAACUGUACACAGUUCAGUGAUAUUUAUAGAACUCAAGUGAUCACCCAUCCAAUAAAGUCACAGAGCUGGUUUGAGUGUUUUUGUUUUACUCUGUGCGUCCUCCUCAUUAUAUUACGAAUUUGUCAUUUAGUCAUGGCACUGCAGGUUUCUUUGAUUUAAUUUGCUUCAGUUUCAUCUUUACAUUUAUAUAAAUUGUUUAAACUGUUGCCCUUUCUACUAUGCAGUGACCAAUUUGCAAGACGUGCAUACCUCCUAAAAGCACAUAACAGUAUCAUCACAUUGUUUUGGAUUGGAGCCAUUGCACAUUUACUGAUUUUUGUAUUAAUUUUAAAUUUCAAUCUAUAUCAAAGUAAAAAAUGAUUAAUGUUUCCUAAUGUUCAGUGUUUCUUUUGCCCAAUCACGUUUCUGUGUGUAUACUUUGUGCAUAAAUUACAUUUAGAACAUUUGUCCAUGGUUAAAAAUCAGUUUCACGCACAAUAAGAAGUUAUAUUGUUCGUCCACAUUUUUACAAAAAAUGUAGCGUUUCAAAAGUUGAAUCCCUUAAAAUGAAUAUUCAUCUCAGUGUAGUUUGUAUAUUU